CUUACCUUUUCGGUCUUUAUAUAUACGAAACGUAACUCAAUUUGUAACUACGCGUUUUCUCUGCAUAGUCCCUAGAGCCAUCCAUCUCUUCUCACAACACCUAAGCUCUUGUUAUACUUUCUUUCGAUCACCGACAAAUAUGCCAGUCGACGAAACAUCACCGGCCGGAAAAACCGUUUGCGUAACCGGAGCCGGUGGAUACAUCGCUUCUUGGAUAGUUAAGUCACUUCUUGAGAGAGGCUACACAGUCAAAGGAACCGUACGGAAUCCAGAUGAUCCAAAGAACACACAUUUGAGAGAACUAGAAGGAGCAAAGGAGAGGUUGGUUCUGUGCAAAGCAGAUCUUCAAGACUACGAGGCUCUUAAGGCGGCGGUUGAUGGUUGCGAUGGCGUCUUUCAUACGGCUUCUCCGGUCACUGACGAUCCCGAGCAAAUGGUUGAGCCGGCUGUGAACGGAGCCAAGUUCGUAAUUAAUGCUGCGGCUGAAGCUAAGGUUAAGCGUGUGGUCAUCACUUCCUCUAUUGGUGCCGUCUACAUGGACCCUAACCGUGACCCUGACGCAGUCGUUGACGAAAGUUGUUGGAGUGAUCUUGACUUCUGCAAAAACACCAAGAACUGGUAUUGUUACGGUAAAAUGGUGGCAGAACAAGCGGCGUGGGAGACAGCAAAAGAGAAAGGUGUUGACUUGGUGGUGUUGAAUCCGGUGCUUGUUCUUGGACCACCGUUACAGCCGACGAUCAACGCCAGUCUCUACCACGUCCUCAAAUAUCUAACCGGCUCGGCUAAGACUUACGCUAACUUGACUCAGGCUUAUGUGGAUGUUCGCGAUGUCGCGCUGGCUCAUGUUCUGGUCUAUGAGGCACCUUCAGCCUCCGGGCGUUAUCUCCUUGCCGAGAGCGCGUUUCACCGCGGUGAAGUUGUUGAGAUUCUUGCUAAGCUAUUCCCGGAGUAUCCACUUCCCACCAA